AUGCGCAUUAGGUACUUUAAACUUGCUCCAUAUACAUUCUACACCCUCUUCACCCUACUCACUGUGGGCCUGCUCCUUCACAUCUUACCCUUGCGUCCGAGAAUGCGACCCAUUGUCUGGUUCACUCGGACCCAGCCGGCUCCAACGCCCUCGGCGCAAAUUGUGUGGCCUAUGAAGCUGGGCAACUCGCGACAGCCUUACGAGUUGCAACUCGAUGCCAUCAUCAGUUCAGACAGCGCGGUGGCAAACCUUGCGACAGUGGAGAGCAAUCUCGUUCUUGGGAGGAAUGCGAGCUCCACUACUCUCACAUAUGCAGACCUCGUCAAGAUCCCCGACGACCACUGGCUUCGACCCCAUCAUCCCAACGUUUACUUUGCCUAUCCACAGGCCUUCAAUCUCACUCAGAUUUACGACAAUCUCCUUCAACAGAAACCCAUUCCACAGGCGAGUCAAUUUCAGCCCUCAUUUCCCAUCCUUUGCACGACUUACCUUCCACCUCUUGCCCUUUCAGCUACCCGUGAACGAUGCGUCUGCAACCUGGCACAAUGUAGCUGUUCACCUUUCUCGCCAAGUGUUCUCUUGGUUCUCAAAAUCUCGAAAGCGGCAAGCAUUUCAAAGGGAAGCAUUCUUAGACGCAUAAAAGAUGGAACAAUGGAGUUUGCCGUUUGA